AUGCUCCCUUUGAAAGAAAUCGACGAACUCGCCCGCAGGCCGAACAGCGUGGUGAUUAGCAGCCAGGCGGGGUGGAAUUUGGAGCGGCUGAAAAGAGUGGUAUUUGAGGGUUUGGAAAUAAAGCGUCUGUACACCAAAAAGAAAGGAGAACUGCCGGACUUCACGGAGCCCAUCAUUCUCACCGGACAAAGAGGCCCCUGCACCGUAGGGAACGCCGUCUCUUUGAUUCAUAAGGAUUUACUAAAGGACUUCAAGUUUGCUUUUGUUUGGGGGGCUAGUGCGAAGCACCAGCCGCAGCACGUUGGGCUAGGGCACGAGCUGGCGGACGAAGAUGUAAUUCAAAUCGUCAAAAAAACAUAA